GCGAAGCAGCAGGAGGUGCAGGCGCCGGCCCCGAAGUCGAAGGCCGUCCCGCAGCCCGCGGUGCCCGCGCCGUCGAAGGCGCCCCCGCGCCGGCGGCGCCGCCGCCGCUGGAGCGGCCCGGCGCAGCGCCGUGCGCGAUUCCGCAGGAGC